UCUAGCAAAUUGAGCAUGGGGUUCAGGGCCGCUUGGCCUUCACUCCCUCCAUAUGUGCAGACACCUUUCUCAGCAUCCACUGCAAAUAGUGCAGAGAGCUUUCAAGCAGAGGUCUGUUAUCCAAGGCUGUAGUAAUGCAACUAUAGAUUAUAUAUUCAUAAAACACAGUUAUUGGAGUAAAUACGAUCAUCUUCCAUGAAAAGGGUAUCUUCUACCAGACUUGUGUAUCAUCAAGUACAGCGUUACAGUGGAAGGCAGCUGGUGAUUGGGAUCUUCCCCUCCUGCACCCUCUUCAUCUCUUCCUAAUCUUUAUCUAUUUGGCCUUUAUCGUUCUCGUUCCAUUUGGAUAUUUGGCAAUCUACAUGUUUCUAAAGAAAUAUAACAGUAAACUAAAAGGAUUCUCUUUACAGGAUAUUUGGCAAUCUACAUGUUUCUAAAGAAAUAUAUCAGUAAACUACAGGGAUUCUCUUUACAGGAUAUUUGGCAAUCUACAUUAUACAUGUUUCUGAAGAAAUAUAACAGUAAACUACAGGGAAUCUCUUUACAGGAUAUUUGGCAAUCUACAUGUUUCUAAAGAAAUAUAACAGUAAACUAAAAGGAUUCUCUUUACAGGAUAUUUGGCAAUCUACAUGUUUCUAAAGAAAUAUAACAGUAAACUACAGGGAAUCUCUUCCACAGAGCUGAAGCAUAGACUAAGAAAGAAUGUUGUUUCCUUUCGAUUCAACUUGUUGAUUUGGUUGCUGGAGGCUAUAACAAUGAUUGCAGUGAUCAUUAGUCGUGGACUCAUUGUUCGGCUUAGCAGUGAACAGAAUCAGAGAAGACUGGUAGAAUUAGUUUAUCAAUUUAUCACAUCAGUAGUUUCUCCGGCUCUGUACUUCAUAGGAAUUGAGGAGUUCAGAAGCAGCAUCAGAAAUGUUUGUCAAAGAGGCAAUUAAAGGAUAUCAGAAUUUAGAGCACUCAUUCAGAGGGUUUUAACUGAUGGCCGGAUAUCAGAGUUUGAGGCUCUCAUUUAGUGAGUUUUAACCAAAGAAAAUAAGAGUUUGAUGCACUCAUUCAAAGAGUUUUAUUGAAGGAUAUAAGAAAUUGAAACACUCAUUUAACAAAAGGAUAUCAGAGUUUAAUGCGCUCAAAUGAGAGUUUAACUAAAUGGUACCAGAGUUUUGACACACAUAUUUACAGAUUUUUAACAUAAAGUGUGAUGUUUUUUCUGUAUUCUCUUUCUAAAGUACACAAAUUUGUGGAGCGACAACUGAGUAUCAUGUCCACUGGAGCGACAACUAAUUAAGUAUCAUGUCCACAUGGAGUCCAUGGAGCGACAACUAAGUAUCAUGUCCAUUGACCCAGAGACCAUAUAACCAGUGACUCUUACCAAAUAGGAAAAAAAGAGACUAUAAAUAAACAAUACUUAUUUUUUCUUAGUUGAGUUUUGUUUAAUAGAAAAGAAAAUGAAUCAAUUCAUAAAUAAGUUUUUAUUAAUUCAGCAAGUGAGUUAAAGUCUAGGGCUAGGCUAAAGUUUUAAGCACUCAUUCAGAGAGUUUUAAUAAAGGAUUCCCAAGUUUGAAGCACUCAUUCAGAAAGUUUUAAUAAAGGAUUCCCAAGUUUGAAGCUCUCAUUCAGAGAAUUUUAAUAAAGGAUUCCCAAGUUUGAGGAUCAAUGCUUUUUAUUUAGUUUCCCCAUGAUCAAAGCUCCCUCAACACCUGAGUGGGUACGAUUAUCAUGCAGGAUAUCAAAUAUAAAGUUUAAAUUAAUCCGCAGAUUAGUAAAAGAUUGAAGUUGAGCAUUGAUCUCGAUAUCCACAUUUCCGCAUUUCUCAGCUUAUGUAUAGAAAUG